CUCAUUCCAGGGCAACAUAACUGCAGCAGCUGCUGCGAGAGAGAGAGGUCAACUGAGCAUGGAGCCUGCACUCACAUUCGGUGCUGGGUGUAAUAAAUGGGACAUUCGGCAGAAGGUUUGGGAUUAUAUAGAAAAUAAGAACCUGGCUGACUUUCCACGCCCCGUACAUCACCGGAUUCCUAACUUCAAGAAAUCCCGCCAGGCCUGCCAGAAUAUAACAGCUCUAGAGGUUUUCUGUAAAACGCGAGAAGUUAAAGUGGACCCAGACAAACCGCUGGAAGGAGUCCGGCAUUUGGCUCUGCAGGCUAAUAAAACAUUGCUAGUCCCAACUCCUCGCCUCCGGACUGGACUCUUCAACAGGAUCACGCCUCCCCCCGGGGCCAGCAAAGAGGUUCUGAGAAUCUGUGCCACCUCGCAGGGGGUGAAGGAUUACAGUGUUCCAUUGGGUUUGGAUGCUACAGUAAAAGUGGACCUUGUGGUUGUGGGGUCCGUGGCCGUAUCAGAAAAAGGAUGGAGGAUCGGGAAAGGCGAAGGAUUUGCAGACAUGGAAUAUGCGAUGAUGGUGGCCAUGGGGGCAGUUACAGAGCAGACCGUUGUAGUGACUGUGGUACAUGACUGUCAGGUGCUUAAUAUCCCUGAGGAGCUGCUGGAUGACCAUGACCUCACAGUGGACUAUAUCCUGACACCCACACGGGUUAUUAAAACGGACUGCACUCGCCCAAAGCCAAAGGGAAUUAUAUGGUCUAAGAUAAGCCUGGAGAUGAUGGACAAGAUCCCAAUUCUGAAAACACUAUGGGACAAAGAGCAGAAAGCCGGGAAAGAUGUUACCCUAAAGAACGAAUGUGGUUCCCCAUCUGCAAGCCAGGCUGGGGGGUCACCUGCCGCCGCUGCACACCGCAUUAGAGAGGCUCAGAAUGUACAGAUAAAAGCCAAACGUGGAGUGGCAGACCAGAAAGAUGUGACCACUGUGUAUAUUGGCAAUAUCCCACCGGCUACACGGGUCAGUGAAUUUAAGACCGUAUUAAGGGAGAAAGGGGCUAUCCCUCUCCAUCUCACCUGGCAAGGAGCCCAGCACCGAGCUUUCCUGGACUACGCUGACCCAUGCCAAGCCGAGUUGGUAGUGUCCAGCUUGGAGGGGUUAAGUAUAGGGGGACAGGAAAUACGAGUGGAACUGGCUAGAACCCAGCGGAGUAAUAUGACUGGAGGACAGGUCUUUGGGGAGAGGAAAAACAGAGGCAAUAACCCCAGAAGUCAGUAUGACCCCAACAUAUAAGUAGAGCUAAUUGAGGUUGGACCUGGUUUGAUCUUGUAGACCUCAUCAGACCUUACAGCCUGGGAACUCUCUUCCAAGACAAUGAGGUGAUAGUGGUGAUACCCUCUGAACAAUACUAUAAUAAAGUCCGUUCCUUAUUACUGAAAA